GUUCGGGGGCUGCGUGCGCCCCCUCCCCUCGGCCUCGCGUGUCUCCCGUCAGCCCUUGCGGCCACCGCGCGGCUCUCUCCAAAAUGGCGGCCGCGCGGAGGGGGAGGGGGAUUGUUCAACUAAUCGCCACAGGAUUCCCCCGGGCUGAUGCGGCCGCGCCGGGGUCGAGAUUCCGGGACGCGCGGGGGGUUAAAAAAAAAAAAAAAGUUUCCCCCACGCAUUUUAACGGCCUUGCAGUGACGUUACCGCCCUUGCCCCGCCCCCCGCCCCCCCGCUUCGCGCGCGUGGCCCCGCCCACCCUGCGCCGGAGUGGCGGCGGGGGGGCGCUAGGCUGGGUGGGAGGAGGGAUGGAGGAGGAGGAGGGCGGCCCCGCUGCUGCCCCGGGGGCCGAGGGUCCCGCGGGGGACAUGUACGGCUACAUCAAGGAGGACCUGUUCACCUCGGAGAUCUACAAGGUGGAGAUCCAGAACCUGCCCAAGUACAUCGGCUUCAACGACGUGAAGAAGUUCCUGGCCAAGUACGGGCUGGCCCCGCACAAGAUCAAGCUGUUCGGCAAGCAGACCUUCGCCUUCGUCACCUUCAAGAGCGAGGAGGAGCGGGACCAGGCCCUGCGCGUCCUCCACGGGACCCUGUGGAAAAACCGCCCCUUGAGCGUGAGGCUGGCCAAGCCCAAAGCCGACCCCAUAGCCAAGAAGAGGAAAAAGGAGGGCGAGGAGACGGACCAGGACCAGGCCAAGCGCCGGGCCGUGGCCAGCGACGACGGGGAGGAAGAGCCCCUGGGCAAGCGGAUCGCGGAUGUGGUGACCCCUCUGUGGAAACUGCCCUACGAGGAACAGCUGGUAAAGAAGAAACAAGAGUGUGAACAAGUGCUGCAGAAACUAACCAAGGAAAUAGGAAACAACAACAAAGCACUGUUACCUUGGCUGUUUGUGCAGAAGCAGAAGUAUAAUAAAAUCUGUUGCCCAGUAGAGGGAGUAAAAGCAUCACCAUUACAGACUGAGUACCGCAACAAAUGUGAAUUUUUGGUCGGCGUAGGUGUAAACCAAGAAGACAAAACUGUGGGCUGUCGCCUUGGCAAAUACAAGGGUGGAACUUGUGCUGUAGUGGAACCAUUUGACACUAUUCACAUUCCUGCUCUUGCCAAAAAGGUAGUGAAAGCCUUUCAAGACUACAUAAGGUCAACCCAUUACUCAGUUUACAGCCCAGAAACCUAUGAAGGUCACUGGAAGCAGCUCACAGUCCGUACCAGCAGGGAUGGCCAUAUCAUGGCAAUAGCUUAUUUCAAUCCUCAGAAAUUAAAUAAAGAAGAGCUUGCUGAGUUGAAAGCAUCUCUGGCAAAGUACUUUACAGAAGGGACCGGAAAGGACAGUGGGGUAACCUCUCUGUACUUUGUGGAGGAGGGUCAGAGAAAAUCUCCCAAUCGUGAAGACUUGCCCUUAGAUCACGUGGCUGGUGAUAAGUACAUAUAUGAAGAACUUCUUGGUCUAAAGUUUAGAAUUUCUCCCCAUGCAUUUUUCCAAGUAAAUACCCAGGCUGCAGAGGUUCUAUAUACAGCCAUUAGAGACUGGGCUCAGCUGACCCAAGAUAGCACUGUACUUGACAUCUGCUGUGGAACAGGAACCAUUGGACUUUCAUUGGCAAAGAAAGUAAAGAAAGUGAUUGGAAUUGAGCUCUGUCAAGAAGCUGUGGAGGAUGCCAAAGUGAAUGCCCAGAUUAAUGAACUGAGUAAUGUUGAAUUUCACUGUGGAAAGGCUGAAGACAUUGUUCCUUCUUUAAUUAACUUACUGGCUUCACAAAACCUGAUUACAGUUGUGGAUCCACCACGAGCUGGGCUACAUUCCAAGGUGAUUCUUGCAAUCCGGAGGGCUGAACACCUGAAGAAACUCAUUUAUGUAUCCUGCAAUCCUAGAGCUGCCAUGAAUAACUUUGUGGACCUUUGUCGAGCUCCCUCCAAUCGUGUCAAAGGAAGCCCUUUCCGGCCCAUUAAAGCAAUGGCAGUAGACCUGUUUCCUCAGACUAUGCAUUGUGAACUGCUGAUAUUUUUUGAAAGAGUAGAAUAUUCAAAUGGAAAUUCUGCUGAACCUACUCCAGACUCAGCUCUCGUCAAAAACACAGGGGAUGAUUCUAUGCAAAAGGACACCACUGAAUAAACUGAUGAGGAGAAACUACAAACUCUGCCUUCAGCUUAAUGUUGUAGACAGUGUCUGCCUACAUAUAUGUUAUUCACAAAGACGGACAACUAACUUGACCUGUUGCUAUCUGCAUAAGUAACACUUCUCAGAAAAAGUGAAAGAAUGCUGCUAUUUAAAACACCUGCACUAGCCCUAUAGGAAUUAAUUUUUCUGUACAGCAUACCAGUCACCUAGCUUCCAAAUAGAUGAAUGUUUAGAUUGAAUGCAUCUUUAAUUCAACAAAUGAAGAUGAAUUUGAUCUUCAUAAGAUACUAAAAAACCCUAGUUUUUGAGGAAAUUAAGCUUAUUACAUAAAUCAUCUUUUUCUCUACCCCUCAGCCCCCCACUAAUGAGAAAGUUGGCUUUGAGACAGUGGGACAGCCUGCAGGAGUGGAAGAAACUAUCAUGACUUCACCCUUAAAAGCAUGCUGAAAUAUACAGUAGUAGGAUUUUUAAUUCUUAAGUUCUGUCCAAUUUAAUAAUGAGGCCUUCUAAUACAUGGACACUUGCCAGAAACUCAGAUUGAGUGAAUGUUUUAUUUUUCUAAAGCCACAGGAAUGUUAUAAGCUUGAAAAUGUUAUGGCCAGGGUAAGAGUGAACAUCUAUUAGCAAUAAGCUAAUUCUGUUAAACAAGACAUGUUUUGGCUCAUGGACUAACUUCAAAUAAACUGCUCUAAAUGUUAAAAAAACUUGCCCAGCUGUUUUACGAUUACUAGCAUCAGCAGUUGAACUGUAAGCUACCCAUUGGCCCAUGAUACUUUAAGAUUUGUUGGGGUGGGAGAGGAUGGUGUUUGAUUUAAAUAAGGAAGCCAAAUCUUCAUCUGGGAAAGACCUGCCCUGCUCAAUGAGAGAAUUUUUGAUGUCUCAUGCUCUAAUGCUAGGUAACUUAAUUCAUAACUUAGUUCUCUACUCUGAAUAAUUAUUACAAAAGUUCAUUAUGGAAUCCAUUGCUUGUCCCUUUCCAUUUAAGGAAUACUAUCUGUGAUUAGUUACCAAGUAUUACUUCAUUUUCAAGUAUGUUAAAGAGAAGGAAUCAAAUAAGAACUAUGGAAGGGACUCCUGUGUAGGAGGGUACAAUAUUACUACUAACUGCAAUUCAUGCACUGACUCAGCCAUCAAAGUUAGGGGGAUGGGACUGAAAACAAAAGACUUUUGUCAUGGCCAUUUGUGAUGCAGUCACCUUUAGCUUAGAGCACAAUGGAAGGGUGCACUGUUCACUCAUUGCCUUGUAUGCAAAAUGUCUGCUUUAUGCAGGCUCUAAACCUUUUGCUCCACUGUCCAGUGACAUCCAAAGACUUCAGGACUUAUAUACUUAAUUCUUUCAACUCUGAUUCAAAGCUAUGAAUCAGUCCUCUUCCAGAACAGGUACUUUACCAGACACAUUGUUGCAGUGCUAGGAAACAGGUAGUGCCUCCCACCCAUGAGCCAGUGGUUAGAGCACUGAGCUCUGCUUAAUUUAGAACAUGAACCUGAUCACCUCUCAUCUUCCAUAUACAUUCCCUACCCCCUGCCCUGCAGCAGGUUCUGAAACAUCUCACUCUCUCCUUAAAGCUGUUCCAAUAAUGCCCAGCAGUAGAUAUUUAGAUACCUUUGUGGACUGGUGGAUGCUAAAUUGGGGGUUUGGAUUUUUAGAGUUUUGGCUUCAGUACAUCAUUUUCUGUAUGGAUUAAAGAAGGCUUUUAUAGGAAGAGGAAUGCUUUCAGGGGACAAUAUGGACCUUGAUUUGUUCUAGGAUUUCAGUUCAGUUUAUCAUGUGAAAGUCUGUCAGGUGAAAUGUUACAUUGGCUAGUAGCUGGUAAAGUGUACAGAUGGUUCUACUUUCAUGGCAAAAAAAAAGUUAAGAGUAUGGGACAGCUAUAGUAGCAAGUGCCCAUCCCAUCCAUUUCCUUGCAGCACCACACUAUUAAUCACACAUCAGCAUUUUUAUAAUAUCAAACUUUAUUGCUCAAAACUAAUUGUCUGAAAAAUACACAUGUAGUACUCAAAAGACCAAACACAUAGGCUUAUAUGAUUGUGCAGAAAAAAAGCAAGCAGAGGCUCAGUGAAAAUGAGGCUUUAUAGUUGUACCAAUUUAGCACUGGCAUCAAGCAACUGCACUCAAUACAAUUCAUACAGCAACCAUUGUUAUCUACUUGGGCAUAUAAAAAUGCAUUUAUUUGCUUUUCCCUUCUCAAAUACACAUCAAAAUACUGUAACUGAUCACCUUUUAUUUGGUUAAGAAUGGCAUGGCUUUUUGCACUUUCUUUCACGUUUAUAAUUUUUCCCACAGGAAGUCAGGAGAUAGAAGGCUAUUAUUUUUCUGAACCUUAACCCCAGAACCAAAAUAUAGUCUAGAGUGGUUGUAGGCUGUAAAUUAAGCUUUUAAAUACUUAGAUGUUAUAAAGUAUUCACUGUGUCUGUGUAAAGCCUGACAUAGGGAAGCAGGAAUUUACCCCAAACAGUACGCUUAUGCAUAAUAUUUGAGCUGUUUCAAGCGUCUGGGUAUCUGAUUAUUUCAUUGGUUUUGUUUAAUAAAUAUUUAAUAAAAAAGCUGAA